AGCCUUUGAUACAUUUCUAACCCCAUUUGCAGUCUUGACUCUUCAGUGGAAACUGGAAAAUGAUAAGCUUUGUGCGCAUAUGCGAGUCCUUCUUUUCUGAGGUGGAAGAUAUAAAAUAAGGUAGCUCCCUUUGUUGCACGUUCUUGUCCUCUCUUCUUAUCUGCCAAUCAAUGGCUGAUGUCCUUCCUGUGCUCUCAUUCUUUUGUCUUCUUCUCUCGUUACCUCAUCCAUCAUCCACACUCCCCUUGUGUACAGACUUGAGGGCACCAGUCACUCCAAAAAAGCCUUUGGCUUUUUGCCCAUACAAUGGCAGUCUCUGCUGUGACUCAUCUAAGGAUUUGCAACUACAGAAGCGUUUUGAUGCAAUGAACGUAACUGAUGCUGCCUGUGCAUCUGCAGUGAAAUCCAUUUUAUGUGCAACCUGUGAUCAGUUCUCAGCAGAUCUAUUUGAGGUUAAACUGGGACCUCGGCCUGUUCCUGUUCUUUGUAACUCCACGACUGAGGGAGGCUCGUCAUCCAAAAGCCAGACGGAUGGUAGUUUUUGCUCAAAUGUGUGGGAUGUUUGUCAAAACAUAUCAAUAUUGGAUUCCCCUUUUGCUCCUUCAUUAAAAACCAAGACUGAAGUGCCGCAGAAUUCGACUGAAUCGAAGCUAAGUGAUCUCUGGCAAUCAAAAACAGACUUUUGUAAUGCAUUUGGUGGCGUCUCCAAUGAAGAUUCAAUUUGUUUUAGUGGUAAGCAAGUUUCACUGGACAAAACCGAAACAUUGCUUCCUCCAAGAGGCAUGUGUCUGGAGAAAGUUGGUGAAAAAUCAUACCUCAACAUGGCAGCACAUCCUGAUGGAUCUAACCGUGCAUUCUUUUCUGAUCAACCUGGUAGAGUUUGGUUGGCUACAAUUCCUGAGCAAGACUCAGGGGAAGCUUUAGGACUAGAUGUAUCUAGCCCAUUUGUUGAUUUAACAGAUGAAGUUUACUUUGAUACCAAAUUUGGAAUGAUGGGAAUGGCAUUUCAUCCAAACUUUUCACAGAAUGGACGUUUUUUUGCGUCAUAUAACUGUGAUAAGACCAAGUCGCCAGAUUGUACAGGAAGGUGUGCCUGUAACUCUGAUGUUGGUUGUGAUCCUUCAAAGAUAGGUUCUUCGGAGGGAACUCAGCCAUGCCAGGAUUAUGUUGUGGUUGCAGAGUUCAGUGCUAAUGGGACUGCAUCAAACCCCUCAAUGGCGAAAAAUGCCAAUCCUUUUGAAGUUAGAAGAAUUUUCACAAUGGGACUACCUUUUGGAUCUAAUCAUGGCGGCCAGAUUCUUUUCGGCCCAGAAGAUGGAUAUCUGUACUAUAUGAUGGGAGAUGGCGGUAGUAAGGGUGAUCCUUACAAUUUCGCCCAAAAUAAGAAGUCUUUGCUAGGAAAGAUUCUCAGGCUUGAUGUAAAUAACAUACCUAGUCAGGAAGAAAUAGUUGAUCUUGGUCUAUGGGGAAACUAUUCUGUACCUCGCGAUAAUCCAUUCUCUGAAGAUAAAGAAUUGGAGCCAGAAAUUUGGGCCCUGGGUUUGAGGGAUCCUUGGCGCUGCAGCUUUGAUGUAGAAAGGCCUUCUUAUUUCCUUUGUGCAGAUACUGGGGAGGAUCAAUACGAGGAGGUGGAUAUCAUCACAAAGGGAGGAAAUUAUGGAUGGCGCGUUUUUGAAGGGCCUAUUCCUUUUCAACCUCAACAGACUCCAGGAGGGAAUACUUCAAUUGAUUCAAUUAAUCCCAUUUUCCCUGUGGUGGGAUACAGUCACUCUGACGUAAACAAGAAGGAAGGAUCAGCAGCAAUAUCAGGUGGCUACGUUUAUCGCUCCAAGACUGAUCCAUGCCUGUAUGGAAGUUACCUGUAUGGAGAUUUGUAUGCUAAAAACAUUUGGGCAGCUGCAGAAAACCCCAAGAAUAGCGGCAACUUUUCAACUACAGAUAUUCCUUUCACUUGUGCUGCUGAUUCCCCACUUCCAUGCAGCUCGGUGCCCAACAGUCCUCUUCCUGCUUUAGGUUAUGUAUUCUCUUUUGGACAGGAUAAUAGGAAAGAUGUUUUCAUCCUUACUCAGAGUGGUGUAUACAGAGUAGUUCGACCAAGUCGCUGUAAUUACACUUGCUCCAAGGAAAAAGAGGUGGCCGUACCCCCUCGUCCUCCGCCUCCUCCUUCAUGCAGUCAUCUUCUUGUUCCACUAUCAAAGUUGGUGCUUUCUCUGUCUUUCUUUGUGCUUUUUGUAGGUCUGAUCUUGUAACAUAAUUACGGAUAUCUUGGAUAAAACUUGAGAACUUGGCAACAUCUAAUUAGUCUUCAUUGAUUAAUGUAUUCUGGAAUUACCUUUUCUUGCA